AUGGUCUGCUCUGGGACAGCAGUGCUUUUCUCUCUGCUCGGUUCUGCACGCAGCACAGCCUCUCCGCCCGCCCCGCUGCCGCUGAUUGGCCGGGUUUGCACCGCGGGGUGCCGGCAGGCAGCUGCUGUCCGGUCUCCGGCUCAAGCGGGAACCAGACAGCUAAACAGCACCUGUGUCGGCUCAGUAGACAUGGAGCUCUUCCUCCAUUACUCCCUCAUCCCAUCAUUUUUCAUUAUUUUGAUCUUGUCCUUCCUCCAAAGAAGAGGCCAUUGUGGCCAGAGAGCUGACCCUUCUUACCUCCUGAGGAACCAUUUUGGCAUCAUCGUGCCUCUGGACUUCGUGGGCACAUUUAGUAAUCGAUGGUCUUAUGGAAUCGCCUUUGGGGCUACAGCCAAUAAGAUCAUGUUCUUAUUCUCAGAAGGCUACCAGCCCCUGCAGGUCCCGCAGUGGGCCCAAGCCUUUGUGCUUCUGAUUGGAGGCAUCGAAGUGGGUUUGUCCCACUUUCCCUUCUUUGCCUGCCUCUCAUCGGAGUUCCGCCUGGUCAGUGCCAUCCUCGGCUUCAGCUACUCUCUGAUGUGGUUUUCUGUCACCAUCUUUCACAUCACACAGUGUCCCCAUGGGCAGUUUGUGGGGAGGUAUGAGACCGUGGUGUUCUACUGGCCCUCGCUGCUGUGCCUCGCCUUCCUGCUGGGCCGCUUCCUGUACAUGUUCGUCAAGUCUCUGAGGGUCCAUCUGGGCCGGGAGCCCCAGGGCGAAGAAAAGCCUUUCCUGGAGGUUCACCAGGCAGAGCACGUCAAACAACUCCUAAGGAAGUCCUCACUGCAAGAGAGAAAAAAGUCUUGGUUCCAAACCAGGAUAUAUGAAUGGGAUCCCUACUUUCAAUUCCCAAGCAGAAUGAUUGGAACCACUGUGUUAGCUUUUGUUUGUCUAUACCUCUUCAUUGUCAUUGAGUUCUGCGUGUUUGUGUAUGUGAGGGAUGAACUGGAUGUAUUUGAAGGCUAUCUGGAGAACUAUGUCACUUCCAUGAAUGAUACAGGACCUCUGACUCCAAUCAUUCUUAACGUGAAAGAGUUCAUCAGUGUGGCCAAAGGGGUCUGGGUGGUGACGAUUUUGCCUGCUUGCCUCACUUGUGUGAACUAUCUAUUCCACAUUUUGGUCUGUUACAGAAAGCAUAUAAAGAGGCUAUGGUCAGGAAAUAAGAACUUUCUUCCCUUGAAGUUCCACAAUCCUUCUUCCUCGGAGAGUGUGGUGGCCAUAGCAAGGUAUUCUGGGUGGCAAAUAGCCUAUAUCCUGUGGGGCUACCUCGUCAUCCACGUGGUGCAGAGCCUGUGUGGCAUGGUGAUCAUGUACAGCCUGGUGCUGCCCAUCAUCCACAAGCGGGGCCUGGAGAUGCUGCGAGGCAUGGGCAUCGGCAUCCUCACCCUAUCCAUUGUCGUGGGUCUCAUGCUCCUGCAAAUGUGGAUCGCUGCCAGCUUCUUCCUGCAGCCAAAGAUGGGCACAGCUGACCUGCAGAAGCCCUUGGCUCUCAACAACAGGAAAGCAUUCCACAACUUCAACUACUUCCUGUUCUUCUACAAUGUGCUGCUGGGCUUGGGCGCGUGCCUCUCCAGGCUGUUCAUCAGCUGCAUCCUGGGCACCUGGCUGAUCGCUCGCAUCGACAGAACCAUCAUGCAGAAUGGCUACGAGAGAGCAGACUUGGGGUUCAGCACAUGGAUUGGCAUGCUCUUUGUGGACCAUUAUCACACCAACCCUGUGCUCGUCAGUUUUUGUCACAUCCUGAUAACAGGCCACAGGGAGAGGAAGCUGCAGCAUGCCAUCCGAUACUGGUACCUGAACCAGUCACCAGGUCCCCGAGUCUCGGCGCGGUCCAGGACAAGGUGGCUCCUGCUGCAGACUCUGAUCAACAAUCCCAGCCUCAUCACGCUCAGAAAACCGAAAAGGUACAGCUCCCGAGAGUUUACCCAGAUUCUGCUGGCAUGCUCAGAAGGCUGA